AUGCCGGGAUCGAGAUCGAACGCGAAGCCUGCUUCGAGCAGCUUGAAGCCACGACAUGGAUUGACCGCUUCGACUAUUUCGGCAAUCGUCAAAGAUAAGGAUGAUCUUGCUGCUGACGAUGAGAUGCGCCGAUUAUCGCAGAAGCGACGCGAUGUGGACACAGCUGCGCGAGAAACCGAGGAUUUGAAACGCCGUGCCGUGGCACGCACCCCGAUGACGCCCGAACAAGUUCUACAAGAUCGAAAUUACUCGCUGAACAUUUUUGAACGUGGUGAGAUCAUGGACUUUCAGAAAGAGGGCAUCUUCUUCACAGGAACCAAGACGGCACGGAAGGUCAUCGGUUCGCUCGCGCCUACGCCACAGGUUUCGUCAGAUGACAAGAAUUCCAAGGCUGGCAAUUAUGGAUAUGAUGAUGAACGCGGUGAUUACAAUAUCGUGCUGGGCGACCAUUUGGCGUACCGCUACGAGGUUGUCGAUGUCCUUGGCAAGGGAAGUUUCGGACAGGUUGUGCGUUGCGUUGAUCACAAAGCGGGUGGUAUCGUUGCUGUCAAGAUCAUCAGGAACAAGAAGCGAUUCCAUCAGCAGGCUCUGGUCGAAGUUGGAAUUCUGAGCCGGCUACGAGAUUGGGAUCCCGAGGGAACGCACGCAACAUUGUCCAUCACAUCGUCUUUCUAUUUCCGAUCACAUCUCUGCAUCGUUACGCCUUGUCUCAGCAUCAACUUGUACGAGCUGAUCCGAGCGCACAACUUCGUCGGCUUCUCACUGCCGCUCAUCCGUCGUUUCGGACGACAGAUGCUCGCAUGUCUGGUCCUGCUGCAGAACAAGCGCAUCAUCCAUUGUGAUCUCAAACCCGAGAACAUCCUUCUUUACGAAGCAAGAAAGGCAGACAUCCGAGUCAUCGAUUUCGGAAGCAGUUGCAAGGAGGAAGAAAAGGUCUACACUUAUAUCCAGUCCCGUUUCUACCGAAGUCCGGAAGUCAUCCUGGGAAGCACAUACGGAUUGGGGAUCGAUAUGUGGUCGUUUGGUUGCAUCUUGGCGGAGCUUUGGACUGGCUACCCGAUUUUCCCUGGCGAGAAUGAACAGGAACAGCUGGCAUGCAUCAUGGAGAUCUUUGGACCGCCGGACCGACAUCUCGUGGAACGGUGCACCCGCAAGAAGCUCUUCUUUGACUCGGUUGGAAAACCUCGCGUGACCGUCAGCAGCAAGGGCCGCCGCAGACGACCUAGCUCGAAGACCUUGGCGCAGGCGCUGAAGACCGAGGAUGAAGCGUUCCUCGAUUUCGUCACUCGCUGCUUGCGAUGGGAUCCUGACCGCCGUAUGAAGCCCCAUGAAGCCGUCACUCAUCCGUUCAUCACC